AUGGUGCGGAAGUUGAGGGAGAGGAAGAAGCGGAAUAGCAUGAGGACGAGGCGGGGCGACGAGGAUGAGGAUGAGGAGGAGGAGGAGGGGGAGGAGGAAGAGGAGAGGUAUGAUACUGGGGAGCUGCUUCCGUAUAUGGGGAAGACGUGCUUGGAUCUCGAGGUUCCGGUGUUGAAUGGAAAGGGGGAGGGGGAGGGGGAGGUGUCGGGGUUGAGGGUGAUGUGGAAGAUUGAGUUCGACUGGACGGGGGAGGCGAGGAGUGAUAUUGGGGUUUUGGUGGGGAUGCCGGGGAAGUGGCGUAAACAUGACGAAAGGGGGCAAUUGUCUGGGAUACCGAGGCUGUUUGACGAGCUUGUACAGGGAGGUGAAGAUCCUCUUAUCGCUGUACGGACGGUGGUGUCUCUGCUUGCUGGGGAGCAGACAUCAUGA